UUUCGCAGACGGUUUCUGCUUGGUGAUGAUGUUUAUUGUUCGAUCUGAAGUCUUCGUUUCUAGCCUUCCGUCCAGCAGUUGACGGUAGCACCAUGAUGUCUGUGAUCCUCAAGCGCGUGGCAACUGGCAGUCCUAAUGUGGGCCGCAGCUUUUCAUCGCGCACGAAGGUUUGGGAUCUGUUCCCAGCACCAGAAGUCCCUGUCGUCAAACCCGCGGCGCCGCAGUACAUGAUGAACAUGAGGGACAAUCUCGAGUUUGCACUCGAGCGUAUGCGCCGCACAGAAGGGCCUGUAGCGCUGCAGCUGCUGAACCGCAACGCUCGUCGACCCAGGAAGGCAAAUCAUGGCAAGCGACCGUGCUCGCACUACCGUAGAAGGUUAAAACGCCUCGGCCGUCGCUCGGACAAGUAGAGCAGAAGCGUUCAAUAAGCGGGGCUCUUCUGUACUUGUAGGUUACAGGAAGGCAAGAUGCAUAAUAGACUGGAAAAGAGUCAAUGUGAUUGUCGCGGCUAGUUUAAAUCAGGGAUCGCCGUCUUGACCACGCUAUCGCCUGUGAGCACGUACAUGUGGUCGAUUUCGUUCUUGAAGCACUUCUGGGCAUCUGCUCGACGAAGCUUGAACGUAGGAGUCAACAGUUCAUUGUCGACUGAAAAGAGAUCGUGGUGCAGGUAGAUCUCACGCACGCGCUCGAAGCCAGCAAGUUUCGCGCGCUUGGAGGCUUCUUCGAUCUCCUUCUUUAUGGUACUUCUCACCACGUCGUGAUCGCAGAGUUCACGAAAGGUGGCAUUCAUCAAGCCAUUUAGCUUCGCGGCCAAACGGAUCGCUGGUUCGUCCGGCACAAUAAUACCAACGACGUGCGAGUGGAAGCUGUCACCCGCCACAAAGACUUGUGCGAUGCUCGGACACGUGACCAGGACG